UUUAGUAAAAUAAACAUGGCUGGCAGAUAAAUAAAAAGUAUUGUACACUAACUAGAAAAAAAGUAUUAUUUAUCUUCUAGAGGAAACUUAUUUAGUGCUAAUUGAAAAGGACAAUGGGUGUCGUGAAUUCAAAUCGCCUUUGUUAAUUUUUACGUAGAAGUUUUAAGUGUAAAUUGACAAUACGGCGAAGCGCCAUGUUUCGCAGCCAAGCCCUUAGAAUUUAUGUUGGAUAUUUAUUUUUGUUUUAUUGUAGAGCAGAAGUCAAAACUGGCAUACCCAAUAUACCGCCGCAGACUGAUGAAUUGGCAACUACAAUAGAAGUUUUAAAAUUUGAGUCGUCCGAGUUACCAUUUGGGGAAAAUGUAACCCUCAUCUGUAAAACAAGUUUGCCAGAUAGUCACAUGUGGUGGACAGUAAAUGAAAAAAAUGUUACAGAAGAUGAAAGGCAUGUUAUGGAAAGAACGAGUGAAAUCAAUACUAAAUUAGGAAAGAAGUAUGAAGUUUUGAUUCUACAUAUCCUAGAAGUUGAUUUACAGCAUGAAGGAAUUUAUACAUGUCAUGCAACUGAUAAUGAAAAAUCUGAAAUAGAUUUUGCUAUGAAGAUGCUAAAUGUGACAUGGCCAGCUAAUAUUAUAGAAAUAUCCCCUCAUGUUAGAACUAAGUUGCAUCAACCAGUAAAUUUGACUUGUUCUGCAGAAGGAUAUCCCCUUUCAAUAUCCUGGUACAAAAAUAGUGAUUUACUAACAGAAUUUGUGUAUACAGAAAGUGUAAACAAAACAUUUAAAGUAAGUUCUUUUCAAUUAAAAGAAGUUACUAAGAAGGACAAUGGUACUUUUAUAUGCUCAUCUAAGACUGGAAACUUUGUUAAGAAUGCUUCCACUGCAAUAUUAGUUAUAGAUAAGCCUCAAGUUAGUAUAGAUUUUGUUAAAGCAUUAGGAACAUCAAAAAUAUUUCUUAAUUGGACUGUCAAUGAUGGUAAUGAACCAUCAUCUUUGUAUUAUGAAAUUCAGUACCGUACCAUUGAUGACCCUACAACCUGGCUGUACUACUCACAUAAGAUAGGAGGAGGUAAUAGGUCUUAUGUAUUAGAAAAUGUAUUCAAAAACAACACUGAAUACAGCUUAAGAAUGAGAGCUUACAAUUCAGAAGGUGAAAGUCAAUACUCAGAGACUAUUGAACCUGUUAAAACUCUCUCAGAAGACCCUGUUUUUAUUCCUGAAGUCAAAGUAACUGGAUUUACAGUUAAUUCUAUUACAAUUUCGUGGACAGUCCCUUCAAACGAUCUUAAAGAUCAUAUUCACUACUAUCAGCUCAUGUCACAUGCAGGAAAUAUUAGUGAUCCUUUAGAGGCUGUUCAUUUAGCUUCCAAGGAAAAUUUAUAUAUGUUUUCUGAUUUAAAAGCUGCUACAACUUACAGUUUUCAAGUGGCUGCUUGCAAUGAAUACAGUCAUCAGUGUGGACCUUGGUCUGGUAGAGUUAAUGCUACAACCAUGGAUGGGAUAUCUGGUCCGCCAGAAAAUGUUUUAGUCACAUGUAAAUUGGAUAAUGUUAGUCAAAUUAGUGUUGUAUCUGUCCAGUGGACACCUCCGAGUAACCCUCAUGGAACUAUCAUGUUUUACAAUGUGAUAUUGGAAGGGAAUGCCAGUUUCAUAAAUGAGCAGGGAAUUAGGGAAGUCAUGACUUGGGGCCCAAAAGUCUCGAGCGUUAGCAAAAUGAUGCCCCAAACUCGAUUUUACAACGUUUCUGCCAAUACUAACUACACUGUUCGGGUCUCAGCAGUAACGAAAACUAAAAGAAAUGGCGAAUACGUCGAAGCCCAUUGUACCAUGCCAAGAACGGUCCCUGAUAAACAGAAACUGGGUCGAUUUUCUUGGCAGAAAGUUGAAGAAGGGGGGAAAUGGAUGUUUAAAUUGUUUCUAUCUAGAAUUUCAGAGCGUAAUGGACCUAUCUGUUGCUACAGAGUAUACUUGGUAAGAAUGGAAGAAAAUCAGAAACUUGCUGAGCUACCAGUCCCUGAGGGUCUUAACAUUAUGUCCUAUCAAGAGGCUCAUCGAACCCCUCAAGGAGGGGCUUAUGUUGCAGAAAUGUUUUCAAGUUCUUCUUUUCAAUCCGAAAUAUUUCUUGGUGAUGAACAAGUUGUCAACGACACAGACCAGAGCUUGUGCAGAGAAUGCAUAGGAUUACGUCCGUAUUCAUCCCCUAAAGAAUUCACCACAAACAAAUCUUCAAAUAGAGUUCGCAGAAAUGUGUCCCUCCCUAUUGAUCCACUCGACCCCUACGACGGCUCUUUAAACAUUGGAAGCAAUUAUACUGGUUUUGUUGAGAUUACAGUUCGAGGAGAAGAUCAACAGCAGGCUAUGGCAACAUACAGCAGCUACUUGGUGAUGAUGAGUCCAGGUCCUGAAGUGGUCAUGGCACCGCCGUCCAGUGUAUUAAGUGUGAUUGUGCAAGUUCUCUGUGGCCUUUGUGUUGUUACACUCCUUCUGUUGGCGGCCCUCUGCAUCUUACAUAGGUACAAUAAGCAAACACAUGCUCAAGCUGUUGAAAUAACAUUCCGCACUUCUUUCAGGCAUUUGUGCAGGAGUCUACGAGGUAGGCAACGACUGGUUUCCCUUAAUCCACCGGAUAUGUGCCCGAUUCUCAAGUCGGAGCUUGUCUCCGCCUAUUUGGAAAGGCAUAGGGACUCCGAUUAUGGUUUUCAACAGGAGUUUGAGCUAUUACCUGACCGUUUUAAUGAUAGAACAACCAGAGCCUCAGAUGCCAGGGAAAAUGUUUACAAAAAUCGUUAUCCAGACAUAAAGGCAUAUGAUCAAACAAGAGUCAAACUGUCUCAGAUUGACAGCAUUGCUGGAUCUGAUUACAUAAAUGCGAAUUACGUGUUGGGCUACAAAGAACGAAAGAAAUUUAUUUGUGCCCAAGGACCAAUGGAUACUACUGUAAACGACUUUUGGAGAAUGAUUUGGGAGCAACACCUGGAAUUAAUACUAAUGCUUACCAACUUGGAAGAAUACAGUAAAAACAAGUGUGCGAAAUAUUGGCCAGACAAAACAGAAGGAGAUAAGGUUUUUGGUAAUUUUACAGUAUCUCAUUUACAAGAAACCAGAUAUUCAGACUACAUAAGACGUGAAUUAAAAUUGAUUAAAAAUUCAAACGGGAAACAUGAUGAAGAAAGACAAAUUACCCAAUAUCAUUAUUUGGUCUGGAAAGAUUUCAUGGCUCCUGAGCAUCCUCAUGGCAUUAUAAAAUUCAUUAAGCGCAUGAACGAAGUCUAUUCACCUGAAAGGGGGAGUAUUCUGGUACAUUGUAGUGCAGGUGUAGGCAGAACAGGCACAUUAGUCGCGUUAGACUGUUUAUUACAACAAUUAAAAGAAGAAACCCAGGUUGCUAUUUUCAAUACUAUUUGUGAUCUAAGGCAUCAACGUAAUUUUCUAGUUCAAUCGUUGAAACAGUACGUUUUUAUAUAUAGGGCUCUAAUGGAGGUAGCUUUGUAUGGUGACACAGAAAUAAAUGCAUCUGAACUGAAGUUAACCGUCGAAAAACUAAAAGAUUGCGAUAAAGAUAAGAACAGAUGUAAGAUGGAGGAAGAAUUUGAGAAUAUUAAAAAUGCUUUUGAAGAUCGUAAGUCCUGCUCAGUAGGUAGUGGGGAGGAAAACUUAGAAAAGAACCGAAACGAAAGUGUGAUUCCUUAUGACAGGAAUAGAGUAAUUCUGACACCACUUCCCAGUAAAGAACACUCGACUUAUAUCAACGCUUCAUUCAUAGAGGGCUAUGACAAUUCCGAAUCGUUUAUAAUUACUCAAGAUCCUAUAGAGAAUACAGUUGCAGACUUCUGGAGAAUGAUCUCAGAACAGGGAAUAACGGUGAUUGUAAUGUUGUCAGAACUAGGAGAAAACAAAUGUCCAAGGUACUGGCCUGAAGACGAAGCUUGUUACGACCACAUUACUGUACGUUACGUACAAGCUGAAAGUUGCCCUUAUUACACUAGAAGGGAACUUUUUGUAAGAAGUAGAGAUGGAGAUGAUCUCCGAGUUACUCAUUUGCAGUACCACGGUUGGCCAACGGUAGAUGGAGAGGUGCCUGAAGUGACAAGAGGACUGAUAGAAUUAGUUGAUCAUGCUCAAUCUACACUUGCCAGCAACGGUGCUUCGACUGCUAUGGUUGUUCAUUGUGAAUUGGGUGCUGAAAGAAGCUCUCUAUUCGUCGGCUUAAGUAUUUUGGUUCAACAACUACGGGUUGAACGAAGGGUAGACGUAUUUACUGUUACUCGAAAACUUAGAUCACAAAGACAUGCUUUAAUUAGUACCUACGCUCAGUAUGAAUUUCUGCAUCGAGCAAUUGUUAACUAUGCAGAAUUGCAUAAUUUAUGUGAAACAUCAACUUAAUUAUUUAAUUAGUUUAUUUUAACAUUCCACUAAUAUUAGUUUCUCUAAUUUGGUGAACAAAGUGGUGAUAGAACAUCACAUUCAUCCUCUGUAUUAGUUUCCUGAAUGAGGAAUAAUAAAUAAUAUAACAUUAUUAUGUUAACCAAAUGAUCUUGAAAAGUGACCAAAGUAAUUUAUUGUUUUUUUUUUGUAACUUCAUGAUAUUAUUGCUCAGAAGUUAAAAGAGAAAUUUAGCUUUUUUAAGUGCCAACAAAUAAAACCUUUGAGAUUUUGUUUACUGAUAUAUACACUUUUGUGUAAUUAAUAAGAAGUAUUUAGUUAAAAUUGUCGUAAAGUUGAAAUUGAAUCAUGUAUAUAUAAUCGUAAACCAAACGAUAACUUAGUUUUAUUAUCUUAUUAACAACUCUACUUGCAAUGACUAUUACUGUACGCUUUUAGUUGUUCAAUUUUGGUUUUGCUGUACAUACAAAUGGUAAAAAAACUAAAGAGAAUUGUUUCAGACUUAUUUAUUAAUUAUUAUUUGUGACUGUAAGAUAUUCGAAUUUUUCUUAGUUUAUACUAGUAUAAUUACUAUAGUAUUGCACAUGAGAGAUAUUUUUUUAUAUAAUUUAACAUUUCACUGCCUUAUUAUUUGUCAAAGAUAAUAAUUUAGCUGUUGUACUAUAAUAUAUUUAUGCCUCAAAAACAAUGUAGCAAGUCUCAGUUUUUAUUGUAUUAAGUGUUUGAAAAUCUUGCAACGAACAUUUCAAAAUAUUAUUUGUUGUA